AAGCAUGCCCGCUUGUUGGUGGGCCCCAAGCCAGUUUAGAAACAAAAAAUCAGUGUUGCGGUUAUAAAUCCAUGGAAUAUGCGUUUAAAGAACAUAAACUACAGCGCUAAUGUUUUGAGCGCCAUAGUGGUAAUCUUUCAAGUGUUGCUCCCCACUGCUUGGACUUUGCCUACAAAUGCCGAAUUUGAGUCUCCCUAUGGUGAGGAGAUGCUAAAGCGUAGCAAGGCUGCUGAAAUCAAAUCGUUUAUGGACAUCAGCCAUGAUCCCUGUCAUGAUUUCUAUAAUUUCGCUUGUGGCAAAUGGCCUCGCAUCAAUGCCGCACAACUCUUUGGUGACUACUCUACGGAUAGAUUUCAUGAAUUGUCCAAGGGCUUGAAGCGAAAAAUCCAUAAACUGCUAACGGAUAAGAAAAAUGGUAGCGAAAUUGAGGAUAAGCUAAAGGACUUCUAUGUGUCGUGUUUGAAGGCUCAUUACAAUGAGACACAUUAUUUGGAAGCUUUACGUGCGGCCUACCGUCAGUUUGGAGAAUUUUCCUAUUUUAAACAGAAGGAAGGGGGGAAUGCCACCACCACCACAGCAACACCUUUGGCAUUUGAGUGGCCAAAAGUUGUAGCCCAGAUUCUAAAGGUCUAUGGCAAAUCCAUGAUACUCUCUGUUGAUGUGUUGGAGGAUUUCAAGAAUACCAAUCGCACCAUGGUGUAUUUGGGUACACCCACCUUCGAUUUGACCCAAAUGGCGGUUAACAUAAUGCAUCGCCUGCAGGAGGUGAAGAUCUAUGCAAAUCUUAACAAAUAUCUGGGUAUCCCCCUGGAGUCAGCCAAGAAAAUUUCAAAAGAUUUGAUGGCUUUCGAAAAGUCCCUCUCCGAGGGAGCCACCGAUAUGCGUGAGGGCAAGACCAUGAACGAGCUGCUGACCUUGAGCAGUGUAAACGAUCUUAAAGAGGAAUACCGCGAACUCUUCAAUGUCAGAGAAUUUCUUGAGGAGGCCUUGAACACCACCCAAUUGCCUGAGCAAAUCUAUGUCUAUGACAAAUCCUAUUUUGAUAAUCUGUUGCAAGUCUUACCCGCCACCCCAGCUCAUGUGGUAGAGGAUUAUGUGUUGUGGCUAUUCGUAGACGAAUACUUUUUGAAUGGCAAAGAGGAACAGCCCCAGAAAUGGUGCACCGACAAAUCCAAGAAAUAUUUUGGCCGUUUCAUAGAUCAUGCCAUCUAUCAGCAAUAUCGCUCUCUCGACUAUGAGAAGGAGGUCUACGAUUUGUGGCAAGAGAUUAAGGCUGUGUUUCGUGACUAUCUCAGUGGGGAUCGUUACCACUGGAUAUCCAAUGCCACCAGGGAGCAUGCCCUGAAAAAAUUAGAGAACAUGAAUUUGACCAUUAACUCGUAUGAGAAUGAAAAUUUCGAUUCGUAUUUUAAGCAACUGAAAAUCGAUGCCUCCAGCUAUGUGGCCAAUAUACAGGCGGUGCUGCGGCGCAAUGAGGCUUUAAGAGUCAAUAAAUUGGAAAAACAUCCCCAUGGCAUUGAGGAUGAUCAGGUGCUCUCCUUCACCCCCGCCUAUAAUACCUUCAGCAAUUCCAUUAAAAUUCCUGUGGCCGUGCUGCAGCCCUAUCGUGUGUGGCAUCCCUUAUAUCCUCGAGCCAUCAAAUAUGCCACCUUGGGUUUUCUGCUAGCCCAUGAAAUGAUUCAUGGCUUCGAUGAUGAGGGCCGCAAUUAUGAUGCCCACGGCAAUACCCACAAUUGGUGGGAUGAAAAGUCAACCUAUGAGUUCGAAUCCCGCAGGCGUUGCUUCCAAGCCCAAUAUCAUAAUUACACCUAUGCUGGCAAUCUACUGCCCGAUAGCAUUUCGCAGACGGAAAACAUAGCCGACAAUGCUGCUGUGAAAAUUGCCUAUGCUGCCUAUUUGCGUUGGCUGGAGCAGGAGAAGCAGAAAAACUACGACAUUGAAAAGUCUGAAAGCUUUGCCACUUUGGAUUACAACAACCGGGAGCUGUUCUUCCUGAGCUACGCUCAACUUUGGUGUGAGGAUGUGCAGACACUGUUCAAAAGUUUAUUGGCUCUCAACGACAUACAUGCGCCCUCCAUGUAUCGUGUCAUAGGAUCAUUGGCCAAUUUUCAUGAUUUCUCUUGGAUCUUCAAGUGUGACAUGGAUGCGGAGAGGCCCAUGAAUCCCUCGGUUAAGUGUGAAUUGUAUUGAAACGUUUAACGUAACUAUUGAAGAGAUUUUAUUCAACAAAAUUAUAUAAA